AUGGUUCGCGCGGACAUUGAUCCAGAGGCGCGCCCCGGACUCUCCCAUGAGAGCCGAGAACGGACGCAGGUCGCGUCCGUGCGCACGACGUCCAUGAACGCCACGCUGUCGCAUUCUCCAGUGUACGCGACGCACGCGAACGAACGGGCACUCGCCUCGACGUGCGACUCGGAGGCCAUGCACGGAUGGGAUUCUCCUGAAAGCCUGGCCCGUGCGCUCUUCUGCAGCACUGGCAGACGGCUUGGCUCUGCGAGGUUCGUGUGCACACUGAUCCGAGAGCGUGCAUGA